GCGACCGGAAACGCGAACUCUUCGCUGCAAUAGAUCCAGAACUCGACUUUGUACAAGUUCGAGAGACUUCGAGGAGUUCUGUUCGGCCUCCACGUGACGUUUCGAAAUGUAUGGCAGAACAGGCUGUUGUUGUUGUCGGCAUUGACGCAGACUCGGGCUCUGUGGAUAAGGAUAAUACCAAAGUAAGAUGGACUCUGGAAGAGGAUGAAAACCUGAAAAUCCUCGUCCAAAAUUUUGGAGAACGCAACUGGAAUACUGUCGCCACUUUGUUACCGGGAAAGACAGAAUUACAGUGUAUGCACCGCUGGAAACAUUUGCAAGAUAAUGUGGUCACAGACUGCUGGUCCAAAGAGGAAGACCAAAAGAUCAUAGAGUUGGUCAGUAGGUUUGGCAAAAAUCGCUGGAGUUUGAUUUGCAAGCACCUGCAGGGGCGGGAGGAGAAUCAGUGUCGUGAUCGUUGGCUCACCCACUUGGAGCCCCUGUUGAAGAAGUCCAACUGGACCCACGAGGAGGAUCUCAUCAUUUACAAAGCUCAAGGCGUCUUUGGGAACCGCUGGUCUGAGAUUGCCAAGCUGCUUCCUGGAAGGACAGAGCACGCAGUGAGGAGUCACUGGAACUCCACGCUCAGAUUUGAAGCUGAAUUGGGUCAGCUCAAAAAUGAUGCAGACAACAUAUCCGUUGACAUUCAGCAGUUUGUGGAAGGAAGGGUGAACUUCAAGUGUGACAUUUUAUUAGACACCUCAGCAGUAACACCUGAAGUGGUCACAGUUAAGAAAGAGCAGUGCAAAAUCGUCCAGAAGAAUGCCACCACACCCCCACACACCAUGACAUCAAAAGGGACCUUGACUCCAAACAAUGCCCCCUUGCCUAGUCAACCCAGCUCUAGUGUUGUCACCGCCCCAGCACCAGCAGCAGAGGCGGUGGAUCAGAAAAAGUUCCUCGACGCUGCAUUGAGGAUGAUUGCUGAGGACAUGCUGCCACUUAGUUUUGUCGAAGGAGCAGGUUUCCGGUCCUUCGUGGGCGCCAUCGGUCCCGAAUACCACAAGCUGUCCCAGCGUGCCGUCAGCUUGCAGCUUUAUGACGACGUGGAGAGAAACAUCAAACCUCAGCUCAUCAGGGACUUGAAGCUCUGCCUGUGCAAAUCCAAAGAUGGAGAGGGUGAAAUUCAUGUAACCUUUGACCUCUGGGCGGGUGGGCAGUCCAAUCCAGUGGAGGAGGCCGUCGUCAUUGUGCAGCUCCACUUUAUCAGUGAUUCGUGGCAGAUUCGCAGGCCCACCGUGGCCUUCCGUCACGUGAGCCACAAAGACCUGAGCGGCGCCGUGGCGCAGGAGUUGGAGGGCGUGCUGCUCAGCUACGGCAUCUUCCCGCGGAGCAUCGGCUAUGUCCUCGUCAACCACGCCAAAGAAGUCCUGGUUGCGAACAGUCUGUUCUGUGACUACAAGAUCAUGUGCCCGUCGAACAGAGGGGAGCCAGACGGAGAUGAGAUAGUGGCCUUUCUGUCAGACCAGAUGUCUGAAUCCGAGUCCCCGUUUUCAGAGCUCAAGAUCGGGACCAGAAUCGCUUGCGUUGCAAAAACACUACAGCUAGUGAUCAGCGAGGCACUGAAGAACUCCAGGGUGGUUGAAAACCUCCUCUCGCACGUGCACAACGUCGUGGCUUUCUUCAGGGGCAGUACGUAUUGGAGCGAGGUUUUGUCGAAGGAGUGCGGCGUGUCUCUGUGUCCGCCCUCCAGCCACUGUCGCUGGAACUCCAUGAUGGUGUCGUUACGCCGAAUGGUGCAGGAGUCUGCUUGGAACGGCGUCCUCACCGUCCUGUCGCAGGCUCGCAGCGAGGCCAGCGACACGGCCAGCGCCCCGCCUCUGAUCAUGGUCAAGAGGGAGCAAGUGCUCGACAUCCUGGCUCUCCUGGAACCGUUCCAGGAAGCCUUGCAGGUCUUGUUAGGAAACGCAGUGGCCAUCUCGUACGUUAUAACGUCUCUCGUUGGCCUCGAUAAGACGUUGGAGGGCUGUAGCACCAGUUACACUCACUUCAAAAAAGCCCUACGCACGGGCCUCCGUACUCACUUCCAGUCCCUGAUUCACCAAAAGGACCUGAUUGUGGCUGCCGUGCUUGACCCCAGGAACAAACUGAAGAUGUUCUCUGAUGGGCACCUUGAAGACCAGACGGGUUUCCUAACACCUCCCACAAAGUGUGAGGCUCGCACCGCUGUGCAAGCAGCACUGGGGAGCCAAGCAGGCUCGGCUAAUCCAGCAGCGAUGGAGGAGGACCACCAGAAAAAACAGGAGAGUAGUCAGCCGCUGGAUGGCGGAGAGGAAACACCGACCGCUAACCCGACGGAGGUCUCUGGGCGCAGCUCAGACGACAACUGCGACGUCGUCAGUUGCGUUGGCGUCAAGCGCAAGGCAGAUGACAACGUCCCCCAGCUUCUCUCAAAGACCGUGACGUCAGAACUGGACGUGUACCUGUCAGAGCCGCUGUGGGGAAACGGCUCCGGUUUGCUCUACUGGAAAUCUGCCAGUCGCUUCCCAAAGCUGCAGGGCAUCGCCAAGAAGCUGCUGGCAGUACCCGCCACCUCGGGGGGCUUCGAUAGGCUCUGUCCGAUAGCAGCCUGUAUCAUACGAGCUAAACGGAACCGCAUCCCGCCUCACACCACAGAGAGACUCCUUCUUUAUAAGAACUCUUUAAAGACAAAGACUGUAAAAAAGUCCGGUGGUGGCACUAAACACAGACAGACCAAGUGAUCUGUUGAUUUGGGAAAAUGUGUAUGCUGAUAGCAACUGAUAUGCAAUAUCACUUUUAUCACCUUCAAGUCAAUUAACAAGUGUGCAAUCACCAGUUCAGACAACCACUAGACCGUUUUUCACAGUGAUGCUGGACCACAAUUACUGACGGGCAGCAAGUCAAGUCAACAAAGACGUUGGGAACACAUUGCGUCACACUUCAGUGAUUCAAAUUUCGACUCUCACCUCUGGAGUUCUUGCGUACUUGGUACUCUGCCUUCUUACAUUCAAAAAAUAUGCAUGUCGGGUUUAUUGAAGACUCUUAAGUUGUCCAUAGAUAUGAAUGUGCUGUUUGUCUGUAUGUGACCUGCGAUAGGCCGGCAACCGGUCCAGUGGUGGAACUCGUGGCCCACGGUGAGCGGGGGUAAGCCCGAGCUCACGAGCGACUCUGAGGAUGCUCGCUAUAGAAAAUGGAUGGGUAGUUUUGUAAAUAGUUUGGAUUCAUGAUGUUCACUGAAACUUAAUAAAAACAGAUUGUCA